CAAAAACAAACCAAAACAUAGGCGUCGUGUCAACUUGGUGUAUAGAAUUUUUCUUCAGUGAUUUUUUCGAAAAUUUUAUGGAAAAAGCAUUGAAUUUCAGUUUGAAUUAUUGUUGAGAACAUACAUUAGUAAUCCAGAUAUCCGAAGAAAGUGCUUCGUGCCCGUUGAAUCUGAAAGUGGGGCAUACAAUCUUAAUUCUUUGAAGCCGUUUUCGUCCCGGCUACCGAUGUAGGUCGGUCGCUGAAUCCCGAAGCAGAGAAGUAUUUAUUGCUUAGGUAAAUAAACGUUCUCAGUAUCAAACAAUGAUGAAUAACGAUAGUGAUAACGAAAACGAGCAUGACCAGGAUAAUGACAAUGACAACGAAGGAGAGUUGAAUUUAGCCGGCUUUUUGUUCGGAAAUGUUGAUGAACAUGGCCGGCUGGAAAAUGACUUUUUGGACGAGGAAGCUAAGCAGCACCUUUCUUCGCUUUCGAGAAUGGGCCUGUCGUCGUUCUUGGCUGACGUACUGACCGACGGAACAGAAAAAGCCCCUGUAGAACGUAGCGACAGUGACGACUCUUCUUCUAGCGAUGAUAACCGGUACGACGAUAACGACGAUGAUAAUGCAAACUACAAAAUAAAAGCGGAGGAUGCUGUGGAUUUUUCUGAUUUUAACGAACUGGCCGAAGAGAUACCUUCCGAAGGCAUAAAGUGUGCCUCCGGCCGUGAUGAAGAUUACGAUGACAUCGAGGCGGCCAUCCCAGUCAGCAAGGUAGACGUGAAAGGGUCCAGUCCGGCUAGUGACAGGGAUGAAGAUGAUCAAACGGAUGGAAGGGUUGAUGACAAACAGUUGAUGCCUCCGCCAAGUGCUCCAAUCAGCAGCGCAGAUGGCAAGGCGGAUUCGGAUGGUGGUUCCAAUGAUAAACCAAAAACGGAAAGAAAAUUGGACACUCCGCUUGCGGCAAUGUUGCCUUCGAAAUAUGUGGAUGUGGACGUUCGCGAAUUAUUUCCCGACUUUCGGCCGGAUAAGGUUCUUCGAUUUUCUAGACUCUUUGGUCCUGGAAAAAUUUCUAGUAUGCCGCAAAUCUGGAGAAGUGUUCGUCGUAGAAGGAAGAAAAAGCUUCAAAAGUUGAAAAUGAAGGAUGGAUCGGAUUCGACAUCUGAUUCGGAUGAACCGCGUCGUAGACAUGGGUACGAUUGUGUUUACGCUCCUACUCCAGCAAGAGACCAGUGGGCGUCCGAUGAUGAAGAUAAACUUCUUAGUUUAACUCGAGAGGAAGAGAAGGAAGAGAAACCAGAUACCGAUGCGGGAGGUGAUUCUAAGCCUAAAGUGGCAGAUUGGAGAUUUGGUCCUGCACAAGUUUGGUACGACAUGUUGGAUGUUCCGGAAACCGGCGAGGACUUCAACUACGGUUUCAAAACAACCGAUAGAAAAGAAGAAGUGGAUAUCAAAGGUGAACCUAUACCGGACGAUGCUUUUCUAAUGGUCUCACAGUUGCACUGGGAAGAUGACGUGGUGUGGGAUGGAAAUGAUAUCAAGCAUAAAGUGUUGCAAAAACUUAAUUCUAAAAUUAACGCUGCUGGAUGGCUUCCCUCGAGUGGGUCGCGAACGGCAGGCGCAUUUAGUCAGCCAGGAAAAAGUAUACCAGCUACACCGACCGUCCCAGGAUCGAAACACGGAUCAAACCAAGGGAAGAUGAGCAAAGCUCAAAUGAUCAUAAAUGCAGCCCAAAACAAACAACAGGAAGAAAACGACGACACGUGGUAUAGUAUUUUCCCGGUCGAAAACGAAGAAUUAGUUUACAGCAAGUGGGAAGAGGAGGUUAUCUGGGAUGCUGAAGCCGUUGGAAAAAUUCCGAAACCGAAAGUUCUUACUUUGGAUCCCAAUGACGAAAACAUCAUUCUCGGAAUUCCGGAUGAUAUCGAUCCUUCUAAAAUUAUUAGAAAUACGGGACCAGCUCCAAAAGUCAAAAUUCCUCAUCCGCAUGUUAAGAAAUCUAAGAUUCUUCUUGGAAAGGCUGGCGUUAUUAACGUUCUGGCUGAAGAUACACCUCCUCCACCACCAAAAAGUCCCGACCGUGAUCCGUACAACAUUUCUAAUGAUGUUUUCUAUAUGGCAAAAUCAUCCGAAGCCACUCUUAAACUAAAAGUUGGUGGCGGUAACUUGUUGCAGCACUCAACUCCCGUUGUUGAACUGCGUGCUCCAUUCAUCCCCACACACAUGGGACCAACGAAACUACGAAUGUUCCACAGACCACCAAUGAAAAAAUACUCCCACGGCGCGUUGACAUCGACCAACCCGCAACCGGUUUUACCGUUAUUGAAGAACAUAAAAAAGAAAGCAAAACAACGAGAGCUAGAGCGGAUUGCAUCCGGUGGAGGAGACGUAUUUUUCAUGCGAACGCCGGACGAUCUAUCUGGUCGUGAUGGCGAACUGGUGCUUGUAGAAUUUUGCGAAGAACAUCCACCGCUGAUGAACCAAGUUGGUAUGGCCACCAAGAUAAAAAAUUACUACAAGCGUAAGGCAGCUAAAGACUCCGGUCCUCCUGAAUAUAAGUACGGCGAACUUCAUUUUGCUCAUACUUCGCCCUUUCUGGGAAUUUUGCACCCGGGCCACUGCAUCCAAGUCGUCGAGAAUAAUAUGUAUCGAGCCCCAAUUUACCCACACCAUGUUCUUGAAACUGAUUUCCUGGUCAUACGAACGCGCAGCAAUUACUACAUUCGGGAAGUGGACGCUCUGUUCACCGCCGGGCAAGAAUGUCCGCUGUACGAAGUUCCGGGGCCGAACUCUAAACGGGCCAAUAAUUUCGUACGGGAUUUCUUACAAGUGUUUAUUUACCGCCUUUUCUGGAAGAGCAAGGACAAUCCCCGCAAAAUCCGUAUGGACGACAUUAAGAAAGCAUUUCCGGCUCAUUCCGAAAGCAGCAUUCGCAAACGGUUGAAACAGUGUGCGGACUUCAAGCGUACCGGAAUGGAUUCAAACUUCUGGGUGAUCAAACCGGAGUUCCGACUCCCGUCGGAGGAAGAAAUUCGCGCGAUGGUGUCGCCGGAACAGUGCUGUGCAUAUUUCAGUAUGAUUGCCGCAGAGCAGCGGCUGAAAGAUGCCGGUUAUGGAGAAAAAUUUAUCUUCGCACAGCAGGAAGAUGACGACGAAGAGAUGCAGCUGAAAAUGGAUGACGAGGUUAAGGUUGCUCCGUGGAACACCACACGAGCGUACAUUCAGGCCAUGCGAGGAAAAUGUAUUUUGCAAUUGAAUGGCCCGGCCGAUCCGACAGGGUGUGGUGAAGGUUUUUCAUACGUGCGGAUGCCGAACAAACCUACGCAACAAAACAAGGAAGAAAUUGAAAGUCAACCGAAACGAACCGUCACAGGAACGGAUGCCGACUUGCGGCGACUCUCGCUGAACAACGCCAAAGCCCUUCUCCGGAAAUUCCAAGUCCCGGAAGAGGAAAUCAAAAAACUUUCACGAUGGGAAGUCAUCGACGUUGUGCGGACGCUUUCGACCGAAAAGGCCAAAGCUGGCGAGGAAGGCAUGGAUAAGUUUUCCCGUGGUAACCGUUUCUCGAUUGCCGAACAUCAGGAACGCUAUAAGGAAGAGUGUCAACGUAUUUUCGAUCUGCAAAACAGAGUGUUAGCUUCAUCGGAGGUCCUGUCUACGGACGAGGGUGAAUCAACGGCUUCCGAGGAGUCUGAUUUGGAAGAGCUGGGUAAAAAUUUGGAGAACAUGUUGGCCAACAAGAAAACGUCGACGCAGCUGUCGCUGGAAAGGGAAGAACAAGAACGCCAGGAGCUUCUAAGGAAAAUCAUGGAAGAACAGGGUAGCUCUAGUAGGGGCAAGAAAAAGGAUGAUGAUUUGAAGGAUCUUCAGCAAGUUCCUACGACUAAAAUUCUUAAAAUAACACGAACUUUCAAAAAUUCUGAGGGGCGUGAGUACACCCGGGUGGAAAUAGUUCGACGAGCACCAGUCAUCGAUGCUUACACAAAGAUUCGCACCACGAAGGAUGAGGCAUUUAUCAGGCAGUUUGCAACACUAGACGAGGCGCAAAAGGAGGAGAUGAAACGUGAGAAGCGUCGUAUUCAGGAACAAUUGCGGCGAAUCAAACGAAAUCAGCAGAAGAUUGGUAUGAUGCAGCAGCAACAUCAGCAACAUUCUGUUGGGACCCCGAUCAGUUUGGGUGACCGAGAAACACCCGGUAGCUCAAAAUCCAGUACCAAUCCUUCAACGCCCAAAGAGAGCCAUGUCAAGGAGCACAGCCCUUCGUCACGCAAGAAGGUUAAACUAAAGCCCGAUUUGAAAUUGAAGUGCGGUGCCUGUGGACAAGUUGGACACAUGCGAACGAAUAAAGCUUGUCCACUUUACACGGGAACAGUUCCCACACCUUCGUUAAAUGUUGCGAUGACUGAAGAACAAGAAGAGGAAAUCGAAAAAGAGCUGAACGCGGACGACGAGGAUUUGGUCAAUGUUGAUGGAACGAAAGUUAAGCUGAGUGGUAAAUUGUUGAAACGGCAUGAAGAUGUAAAGCGCAGAACUCUCUUGCUAAAGGUUCCGAAGGAAGCUGUUAGCAAGAAAAGACGCCGAGUUGGUGGGGAUUCCAAUUGUGAUUAUUUGAAACGGCACAAUAAAACAGCCAAUCGACGAAGAACCGAUCCGGUUGUUGUAUUGUCGUCGCUUCUGGAACAAAUUCUCAAUGAAUUACGUGACAUGCCCGAUGUGGCACCAUUUAUGUUUCCAGUCAAUGCCAAACAGGUUGUGGAUUACCACAAAAUUGUGCAACGACCAAUGGAUUUGCAAUCGAUUCGCGAACACAUUCGUCAAAAGAAGUAUCAAACCCGCGACGAGUUCAUUGCCGACAUAAAUCAGAUCGUUGAAAACUCUUCCCUUUACAACGGAGCAAAAAGUUCAUUAACGAUCGCAGCCCAACGAAUGCUUCAAAAGUGCAAAGAUCGCAUGCAGGAGAAGGAAGAACGGUUGACUCGACUGGAGAAGAGUAUCAAUCCACUCCUCGACGAUGACGACCAGGUAGCACUGUCCUACAUGCUUGGCGAGUACGUGAACGGUCCGCUGAAGGCAAUGCCUGAGAGCUGGCCCUUUUUGAAACCGGUUAACAAGCGACUGGUCAAGGAUUAUUAUACCAUCAUUCGGAAACCAAUGGAUCUGGAGAAAAUUUCGAAGAAGGUGGCUACACAUAAAUAUCACUCUAGGGUGGAUUUCUUACAUGAUAUCCAGCUGAUUGCGGAUAAUUGCGAAACGUACAAUGGGGCGGAGGCCAACUUCACCAAGCAAGCUCGUCACAUGGUGGAGGUUGUCAAGCAAGCCCUUGAUGCGAUGGAUAAUAUGUCACAAUUAGAAAAGAACAUUGCGCUGGUCCAGGAACGCGCCCGAAACGAAGACAUUGAUUGGGAGGAUGAUGAACGCGAUGGAAAGUACUUCCAGGGAUCCCGCGACACAUCGCCGGAUAGAGACUAUGGCGACGAAGAUAUCAGCAAUUUGGAACGACCGUCAUCGGCUGCCUCGAUGGCGUCCAAUCGCCCCGGCCCGAGCGGGCUGAUGCGACCGAAAAUGGACGGCAAAAAGGCACGCGGUAGGCCACGCAAGAUGCAGCACGAAGAAGAAUUCCCUGGCAUGAUGAUGUCACAGAUGAUGAACAGGAUGUUGCUCAAGCGCUCCCGUGGUAGGCCACGAAAGGAACAUGGCAACUUUAACGGCGUCAUCACCAAUACAGCCAUCCAGAGUGCCAAUCUUGCGAGAAGUAACGCAGGCGGUGCUAGCACUUUUGCUAGUGGUGGGUCGCUCGGUGGAUACGAAGGCAUCCCGUCAAGUUCUUCCACGCCACUGUUGGCCACCGACCCGUCUGCUUCGGCCUUCGAGAUGAACUGGAUGGCCAAUGCGGGCACCUCCGAGAUGGAUCGGACAAAGCUAACGGGUACUAACAAUACGUUCAGGCAUGAUAGUACAAUCGCUACUACCAAAGGUGGAAGAUUUUUUGGGGACUCGGGACUAUUUGGGCGACACAAGCAAGGUGGUCAAUAUUCGACAGAUGACGAAGAGUUCGAAGAAGUCACCAUGAGUGAUAACGAGGGUGUUUCGGUAACACUUGAUCAUACGAAUGCUCAGUCAAAUUCGUCAAUGUUGCCUCUCCAAGAAGGCGAUAGUCAACAGGCCGCCGAAGCCAUGGUACAGCUGAGUGGUACUCAGUCAUUCUACCAAACCGCUGAAGAAUCCAUGGAGAUUGAUCCCAAUUAUGAUCCGAGUGAUUUCCUCGGAUUAUCUAACAGACACCUUACAUCAGAACCUGGAGUACAACCCGGAGUUAUAAGUUCUAAUCAAUAUGUCUACCAACAAGGCAGUUCCUUAGAUCCAAAUUUUCCGCAGUUCCAUCAGCAACCCUCACAGUUCGAUGAUCAACAAGUCAUGGGAAAUGUCGGGGAUAUUCAACAACAGGUGCAACAACCGCAACAGCAGCAAGGGGGUGUUCUACCACCACUGCAAUCGCUGCAUAAGGAUCUCGCUAUUUCGGACAGUGAUGAUGAACAAAAUAAUUUGCAAAUGGAUAUAUUCAAUAACGCUAACGAGAACGACGAUAAUGACGAUGGAGGGGAUCUGUGGUUUUAGGCUUAUUAUGCAUAAUGGCAUUGCAGGAAACAAAAUAUAGUUGUAUUAUGAAAGUCAACUAAAA